AUCAUACAGUAAUCCAGCGCAUCUCAUCAGGUGUUGGUGUGCCAGACUAUUCAAGCCGAUUACUAUUCUUUCUUGAAUUCACUGCCCAAUCCAAGGGGUCACAAACAUCUCCCAGAUCGAUCUUCCAUUGUCUUCAAUAGCCAGCCCAAGGGGAUUAUUGGAUUGCAAUUUCUAGUCAAGUGUUGCCCCUCCAAUUGAGCUCGGAGAUAGUUCAAUUGAGCACGCAACCCUUGAAUAUCAACCAUCUGAUUUCAACGAAACUCCCUUCGCUAGGAAGACCGCCAAUGAUUUCUUGAUACCAGAGAGUUAUCACUCACCACAAGCAAAGAUGGAUCUUCCAUUGGGUCAGUUGCGCGCGCUUGGAUAGAGCCAUUGCCAGUUAACUGACUUUGUCCUAGCUGCCUCGUUUGCUGGCGCAGUCCAAUCCUCAGCAGGAAAACGACCCCAAGCUAUUGCGCACCGAGGUUAUAAAGCUGCUUACCCAGAAAACACCAUGGGCGCUUUCAUUGGAGCAAUUGAGAUAGGCAAGUUUUUUCCAGUUCGCACAGAUCAUAUGGCAAAGCGUAAUGCUGACAGGUAUACACAGGAGCCCAUGCGGUUGAGACUGACAUCCACAUCACUAAGGGUGGAGUAGCGGUUUUGAGUCACGUUAGCUCUCCUGAUUCAUUUUUUGAGACGUAUCAAUUGACCCAAUUUUUAGGAUCCUGACCUUAAGAGAUGCUUUGGCAAGGAUGACAAGAUCAUUGACUGCGACUGGGAGUAUAUUAAAACACUGCAAACACUCAAAGAACCACAUCAGCCAAUGCCGCGACUCAAGGACCUGUACGUUACCCAUCUUUAUUCUCUUUGGCAAAAACCAUCGUCUAACCAAUGUAUAGGCUAACAUACUUGGCGAAACCUGGAUUGGAAAACGUAUGGGUUUUGCUCGAUAUUAAAAUUUCGCCACCAUCAACCGUACUUCAACGCAAAAGAAUCAAUUGGGAGGAGCAUGACAACCACGCUGAAAAUGUCUUUCGAUGCAUGGCGGCUGCGCUUGAGGAAGUCAAAUCUUCACGACCGUGGAAUGAACGGGUCCUUCUCGGUUGUUGGGCGGUAAGUUACUUCCUUCUCAUUAUUCUGCGAUGAGAUUGAGAGUUGCGGUAAAAGGCUCUCAUAUUAUUCUGACCUUUCGGGUACCCGAGGCUCGUUAUCUAUAUCCUUUUGAAUCAUUGACUUAAUUCUUUUACACGUUCAAAUAAUUAUCUCGAUCAAUUACUUCUUCCGAACUAUUGGAACAAUUUAAACUAUCUCACCAAGUUAUGAUAAUGGAGAAUUUGUCGCACCUUUUUCGUUUUGUUUGCGAGACUGCUGUUCCCAGAAUUUGAGCUAACUGGUAGCAGGCAAGAUACCUUCCUCUGUGCACAAAAUAUCUUCCCGGCUACCCCAUUACUCACAUUGGUUUCAACAUAUCGUACGCCCGCCAAUUUCUCAAAGUUCCUGGAAUAGGUUUCAACAUGUUGCAAAUGAUUAUGGUUGGUCCUCGUGGAAGCGCCCUACUUCGAGAUAUCAAAGCAGCCAAGCGAUCAAUCCUUCUCUGGACAGUCAACGAGGAACGGUGGAUGAAAUGGAGCAUCAGAAAGGAGGUAGAUGGUGUAAUUACAGAUGACCCUAAGAAGUAUUUGGAAGUCUGUGAUAGUUACCAAGGUGACGACAUCCACGUGCCAGUUUCGACCUGGGCAAGAAUCGUCUGGUUGAACAUGAUGGCGGCGGGCUUCUCAUUCCUUUUCCGAUUACGAUUUGGUUGGAAAAUUAAAGAUGAGUCUGCUGGUUCUAAGGUGAGAGUUCCAGUAUAAACUGAUUGCAUUUCUUGCUAUUUUCUCGAAUUGCAUAUGGCAUCAGGAUACACGGUAUCUUAUAUGAACCGCAGAUAGAGUCACACAAUAAUAUCAUAAGAUAGGAAUUGCUAUCAAGUAAUACUUCCCCAUUCACUCAGGAAAGCUG